GUAUGGCGGAAUCUGUCAGAAAAUGAUUAUUUCGCCAGUAGACUUCCCUAGUGAUAAAGUCAACAUAUAUUCUGCAUCUUUCUUGGGACAGGACCGCCUCUUGGAGCUUCUAGUCUGGUACAAGUGAGCGGGUGUCUCUGAACGGAUUACCUGAACAGUAGGUUGUCUGGUGGAGGGCUGUUUCCUGUUGCUGACCAGUGAAGACACUUGUGGGUGAUUGUGUUUCCUGUUGCUGACCAGUGAAGACACUUGCGGGUGAUUGUGUUUCCUGCUGAGGAGUACUGUGGCCCUCAUCUUGGUACACAUCAGACCAGCCCCCUUCCCUACACACACACACACUAAAACCACCCGACCCACACACACUCCACCUGUCCCGUCCUCCUCCUCUCCAGGCUGUAUAUUUUAAAACUUCACUGUGGAUUCUCCGAGGACCAUCCUGUCAACAAUGACAUCACACAGUCACCAAGAAGGACUCCUGUGCAAGGAGCAGCAGCUGGAUGUCCUGAAGACGUCUGCCCUCAACCACAUCCCCACAGUGGACAUUAACUCUGCCCUGCCCCUGCGUCUGCCCCCGGCUGCCAUCCCCAUGGACCUACGCAUUGACCAGCACCAUCACCAGCAGCAGCUGUCCAUGUCUCCUUCUGCAGCCCAGGCGUCUGCAGCCCAGGCCAGAGAGCAGCAGCUGCAGCAGGAGCUCCUGUCCCUGAAACAGAAACAACAGAUUCAGAGACAGCACCUCAUCGCUGAGUUCCAGAGGCAACAUGAGCAGCUCAACCGCCAGCAUGAAGCCCAGCUACAGGAACAUGUUAAGCACCAGCAGGAGCUCCUGGCCCUGAAACAUCAGCAGGAGCUGUUGGAGCACCAGAGGAAGAUGGAGAAGCACCGUCUGGAGCAGGAACUGGAGAAACACCAGAGAGAACAGAAACUACUGCUGCUGAAGAACAAGGAGAGAGGACAGGAGAGUGCAGUGGCCAGUACGGAGGUGAAGAUGCGACUGCAGGAGUUUGUGCUGAACAAGAAGAAGGCUCUGGCCCAGAGGAGUCUCAACCACGGGGGGUUGCCCAACGACCCCCGCUACUGGUACGGGAAAACUCAGCACACUUCCCUGGACCAGAGCUCUCCUCCUCAGACUGGUAUGGGUACCUACAACCACCCUGUCCUGGGCAUCUACAACGCUAGAGACGACUUCCCCCUCCGCAAGACAGCCUCUGAGCCCAACCUGAAGCUACGUUCUCGUCUGAAGCAGAAGGUGAGCGAGCGACGGAGCAGCCCCCUACUGAGGCGUAAAGACAGCCCGAUCACAACCGCCAAGAAACGCUCACUGGAUAUGGCAGAUUCAGCGUGUAACAGCGCUCCUGGAUCCGGCCCCAGCUCUCCUAACAACAACAGCAUCAGCAACAUCCCCAAUGAGAACGGCGUCACUGUCUCCAACAGCAUUGAUGUGUCCCUGGCUCAGCGGUUGUGUGGUGGUGAACUCAGCCAGCUGUCUCUGUACACGUCCCCCUCCCUCCCCAACAUCACCCUAGGUCUGCCCGCCACGGCCACCUCUGCUUCCAAUGUGACCUCUGCCCAGCAGGAUGGGGGUCAACAUUCGGCCCUCUCCCUCAGCCCCCCCUACCUAGGCGGUGCCCCCCUAGCUACCUACCUGGCUGACGGAGGGGGCGCAGGGGGGCACGGCCCACUACUGCAGCACUUGGUCCUGCUGGAACAGACUGGCGCGCACGGGCCCCUACUGGCAGGUGUGGACGCCCUCCAGUCUCCCUCCAUCCACAUGCUGCGUGGGCAGCACCGUCCCCUGGGUCGGACCCAGUCGGCCCCACUGCCCCAGCAGAAUGCCCAGGCCCUGCAGCAGCUGGUGGUCCAACAGCAACAUCAACAGUUCCUGGAGAAACACAAACAGCAGUUCCAGCAGCUACACAUCAACAAGAUGAUGGGCAAGCCCAGUGAGCCCACGGGGACCCGGCAGCACCAGAGUCACCCGGAGGAGACCGAGGAAGAGCUGAGGGAGCACCAGGCCCUCUCUCCCCAGGACGGAGGCUUUCCGUGUGGGAUUGCCAUCAAACAAGAGCCCCCAGACCCCCAAGAGAACCAGGAGGAGGACAUGCAGCAGGAACUGCUGUUCAGACAGCAGGCCAUGUUGUUGGAGCAGCAGAGAAUCCACCAGCUGAGAAACUAUCAGGCUUCCAUGGAGGCAGCCGGUCUGUCAAUCACCUUCCCAGGUCACCGCCCCCUCUCCAGGGCCCAAUCGUCUCCGGCCUCCGCUUCCUCCUUCCCCAUCUCUGUCCCGCCCCCUGAGCCUCCCACCAAACCUCGCUUCACCACAGGGUUGGUGUAUGACUCUCUGAUGCAAAAGCACCAGUGUAUGUGCGGGAACACACACACCCAUCCGGAGCACGCCGGACGCGUCCAGAGCAUCUGGUCCAGACUGCAGGAGACAGGACUUAGGGGACAGUGUGAGUGUAUCCGUGGUAGGAAGGCCACUCUGGAGGAGCUCCAGACAGUCCACUCUGAAGCCCAUGUCCUGCUGUAUGGAACCAACCCCCUCCGACAGAAACUAGACUGUUCAGUCACGCCCAUGUUGGUCAGAUUACCAUGUGGAGGAGUGGGGGUGGACAGUGACACCAUCUGGAACGAGGUCCAUUCCUCUACUGCAGUUCGUCUGGCUGUGGGUUCUGUGGUGGAGCUGGUGUUCAAAGUGGCCACUGGUGAACUGAAGAACGGCUUUGCUGUGGUUCGACCCCCUGGACACCAUGCAGAAGAGAGCACUCCCAUGGGCUUCUGCUACUUUAACUCAGUAGCCAUCGCAGCCCGGCUGCUCCAACAGAGACUCAACGUCUGCAAGAUCCUCAUAGUAGACUGGGAUGUUCACCAUGGCAACGGGACCCAGCAGGCAUUUUACGACGACCCCAACGUGCUGUACCUGUCUCUCCAUCGAUACGACGAUGGAAACUUCUUCCCUGGCAGCGGAGCACCCGACGAGGUAAUGGUGACACAUCUCAUGGGAACGUGUGUGUGUGUUUGUGUGUUCUCAUGGCUAUUCCUCCCAUCCUUUCUCUGUCAGGUGGGCAGUGGUCCAGGAGUAGGUUUUAACGUUAACAUGGCCUUCACUGGGGGGCUGGAGCCACCUAUGGGAGAUGCAGAGUACCUGGCAGCCUUCAGGUCUGUGGUGAUGCCCAUAGCUAAUGAAUUUGCCCCUGACGUGGUGCUGGUGUCCUCAGGCUUCGACGCUGUCGAGGGUCACCCUCCUCCCCUAGGCGGUUACACCCUCACCUCCAAAUGUUUUGGGUACCUGACGCGUCAGCUGAUGACCCUGGCUGAGGGUCGCGUGGUGCUGGCAUUGGAGGGAGGUCACGACCUCAUGGCCAUCUGUGACGCUUCCGAGGCCUGCGUCUCCGCUCUGCUGGGCAACCAGCUGGUUCCUCUCCCUCAGACGCUUCUGGAGCAGAGACCCAACCAGAAUGCUGUGUGCUCCAUAGAGAAGGUUAUAGAAACACACAGUAAGUACUGGCGCUCCAUGCAGCGUGGCUCCCCCAGGCUGGGCCUGUCUGUGCUGGAGGCUCAGAGAGGAGACUCGGAGGAGGCUGAGACUGUCAGCGCCAUGGCCUCUCUCUCUGUGGCCAACAAACAGAGCAGGUCGGAGGAGGAACCCAUGGAGGAGGAAGCACCAUUAUAGCGGGGGAAGCAUAAGGGCGUCGCCCCGUGACUGUCGGCCUCUGCAGCUCGGAAGACUACCUUCUGGAGAGUCUCGACUGUCCCUUUCAUUUAGUCCCUCCGCGCCGUGCCUAUCACCUUGAUUGGUAGCUCCUCUGCCAAUGAGAGAGAGGGAUGGGCUUCAGAGUAGGGAGUCAAUGGGGAUACGAUAUGAAGGAUGGAAGUGACAAAGCGCUGCAGCCAGACAGCUCAGCGUGGUCAGCUCACCGUGACUCUAAAGAGACGUUUGUUUCUGCCAGUCAGACUGAGGCAGCCCCAGAAGACACCCCAGCACCGAGGCAGUGGGUUCUCAGAGUGGAGGCGGAUAAUGGAAGUCUACUCCUGAAGGGAAAGAUCUGGUGCUUUACAGAGCUCCCCCGUGGCCAAAUAUGGAGACAGAGGACAGGACAAGUCCGGCUGUUACACACAGCGUGGACAUUUAUUUUCUCUCCUGCUUUUGUCCCCCUAAAUGGAGGACAUGCUACUGAUGGAGAUGGUGGUUACUGAUGAGAGAUGGCGGACAACAAAGCCCCUAGGAGAAUUGUCGGGCUGUCAUUGGCUGAGGACAGUAGACUUGACUGUGGUUGGCCGUUGAGCAAGCGGCCUUUGCCGUUAUUGGAUGAUGAGUCUAUUGGAUCUUUGCCUUACUGAUGCAGCUGGUAGUUCUGUGAUGGUCCACCAAUGAGAGAGUGCCUUUGUGAAGCUCUGAUGGAUUUCAGGAUUGUGUCAGAAAUGAAGAUUGCCUUAAAUGAUGAUCCUGACCAGGGGAGAGAGAGAAAUACAUUUUCCUGUUUGACAGAGGACGGGAUGGUGGGAAAAAAAUGAUCUUUCAGCAUGUUUACCAGGAUUGUGAUGUAGACAGCAUUUGUCUCUCACAGCCUCUUUUAGAGGUCAUUAUACCAUUUGGAUUGAUAUAUUUUUCUGUAAAAAUGCUUCAAAAAGGUAGUUGCAAGCAAACAUUUGAAACGUUCAACUUCCAGUUGGUUCGUAAAGCACUGUUGAAGGUUAGCAUUUAGCCUUAUGUAGCUUCCCUUUAUCACAUAACCAAUCGCUAACGGAGAAAAAGCAUGUCUGACCAGAAAGACCUGUCGGUUGCAAGGUUAGAAAGUUAUCCAAAAACUAGUCGAGCAAAAAAAAAGCCAAAGCAUGAGUUUGCAUCCAGCUCUUUCGUACCACUAGUAACAGCAGGCAUACACAGUAUUACUACUGGCUUUUCAUACCAAGCACACUGUCCGAGAGCUAACGGAUCAAACAUGUAUGUCUCAACCUUUUGUUAAAUAACUAUUGAAUUCCAAUGUAUUGUUUGGCAACUACCUUAGUUAAUAGUUACUAUAAACAUCUUGUCAUGUAUAUUGAAUUGAACAUAUUGUGAAGCCAAGUGUUAAUUUGCCAUCUUUGAAACUAUCAUUUCCACAUCAAGCUAGUCAAUUGACUAAACCAUCAUCAACUUUUUCUUAAUCAACGAUCUCAAGUGGGUGACAAUUCUAUUUUUGGCAUGUAUGAAAAUCUCUAGUUUUGUAACAUACUUUUUAUAUUUGCGUAUUUGUCCUUUUGCGUUGUUACUCUGUACAGUUGAUGUGCCACUUGCUCUUAGUGUCCUCAUCAUGCAUUGGGAUGGAGAUCAGCCUUUCUACUUUUUACCAUGAUUCCAGCAAUUGUCUAUUUACUUACAGAAUGAUCCAGUUUACAGAGAGGUUCUACAUGGAAAACCUAGAAAUAUAUUAUAUCCGUAGCCUACAUGAGAGCUAUGACGUUGUGAAAGAGAAUAGCUAUGGCAAAGAUGGUCUCACUCCAGUAAAUAACUCUAAAAACCUUAUGUGGGGGGUUGAGGUUGACUGCACUGUUUUAAACUGGCCCUGGUUGGAGCAGCCCUGCACUCAGCAGCACUGUAUGUGGUCUCUGUUCCACACAUCACUCUGAACACAAAAAGGGGAACACACUGAUUUGUUUUUGUACUGUAUUGUUCCUGGCUGCACUGUAGCUAGACUAGACUAGCAUGGGGCAUUUUAAAGACACUUCGCUUUCGCUUUGGACUUCAUUGGGACCAACCAAAAUGACAUACCGAGGUUACUUUUGACACCAUAACACACUGUUGUUGAUUUGAUAGCAUGGUUACUGCUGUCCUGCCAUGGUUACUGCUGUGUUGCCAUGGUUACUGUACAUUAGCAUACCUCGACUUCAGAAAAUGUUAUGAUAUCACUUCUUCCUGUCGUAGCUACAUUAGUCGAGUUGUCAAGAAACCGGAGUCGUGAUAUUAGUGGGUUGGCAUGGUCUCAUUGUAGUUCAAACUAUUCUCAUCCCUAGUAAAUAACUCCUUUUAGUUUUCAAUCAUUUUCCUACACUAAUUUUGGUAGUAUCAUGUUUCCUUUUCAUGAUUUAGUAAACAUUCUAUGUUUUGCUUUGUGUUUGCUCUCAGAUUCACCAUUCCUAUGAAUUGUUUCAGAGCCCCAGGGUUUGGUAUGUUCCUUUAAAAAACAUUUCUUUAACCUUUUUUUCUUUUUCUUUCAUGGCCUCUAAUUCUCUGCAUGGUUUGUCUGUCCGCAUGCCUGUCUGGCUGUACGUCUGUGUAACACUGGAUUUGCACAGUAGAAGAAAACUGGAGGACUAAAUCCUAUCCCAGAAAACGCAGCGUGAAUGUCUCUUCUUCUUUGGUGUACUAAGGAUACAAAGGACUUGUCAAAAUGAAUUCCACAUUAGAUUUUUUUAAAUAAUUAAAUGCUCAGUUUUUGUAGGGAAAUUACCCAGCACUUAAACAAGAUAAUGGACAAUAGACUUGACUGUGUUUAGAGUAAGAGGAAUAAUGGAUUAGCUAGGCUAAUCUCCGAGUGUAUUUAUGCUGGCUUCACAUGCUCAUGGGAAAUGGGGAAGUGGAACAAUUAGGUCCGACAUGAUUGUGUUUAAGUGCUUUUGAAGUUGGAGAAAUUCUUCAACCAAUAGGAUUUUAGCUAGCUUAUCAAGGUUGCUAAUAAUAAAGUUAGCUAGCUUAUCAAGGUUGCUAAUAAUAAAGUUAGCUAUCUUAUCAAGGUUGCUAAUAAUAAAGUUUAGCCAUCUUCUCAAGGUUGCUAAUAAUAAAGUUAGCUAUCUUAUCAAGGUUGCUAAUAAUAAAGUUAGCUAGCUUAUCAAGGUUGCUAAUAAUAAAGUUAGCUAGCUUAUCAAGGUUGCUAAUAAUAAAGUUAGCUAGCUUAUCAAGGUUGCUAAUAAUAAAGUUAGCUAGAUUGCUGAACAUUGACAAUAUGGUGAGGUCGUAGUUGUCAAACUGAUUUGUUAUUUUUUGGUUGAAAAGGUCAGUGGUGAAACAUAACUCGCCAACCUGGGCAACAACAUUUUCAGAGUUUCCCACUUGAAAUUCCGACUUGGAGGGUUGCUCAAGUGAAACUUCUCAGUUGGAAAUAGGAACUUCCGAUACCACAUGAACGUGGCAUUACAUCCAUCUAGACUGCUCGUCUCUCCCUAAGAGUGUUUCUAGGGUGUUGGGGACAGACACAAAAAGUAGACGAUGGCUAAAACAUCCUUUAAAACACUCCAUAUGUGGUUGAUUGGGAAGGGAAUUUUCUGCAGACUCUUAUCCACUUAAGCCAGUUGUAUUUAAAACCACUGUGGUUAAAAAGAGCUAUUCUCGGUUUACAUAUGUAAAUGUUAGUUAUUUUUGUUUUCUUUCCAUUCCAUUGUUACAAAUGAUAUCUUGUUGGGACCGAUAUGCUUUUGACAUUUUGUCUCAGACAUAAACUCUAAAAUAUAUUUCUGAAAAAUGAA